GUUUCUCUUUCAAUCUUUAUCAUGUAUUUGUAACAUUAAUAAUUUUUCAUGGAUGUAUAUUUAUUACUAAUCAAUUCAGCAGAUGAAUGAAGAAGAUCUUGAGUCCCAACAAGAUGAAAUAUUGGCACUUCAGAGCAUAUAUGAUAGUAAAGAAUUCAGAACAAACUAUGAAAAUCAGGGUAUUUUCAAUGCCAAUGUUCAACCAGCUCUUGAUUUAGUGGAACUGAUAAUUGAAGAUGACUCUCACAUACCCAAUUGUUGGGACGGGUUAUCUGCUGAAUUUUAUAAAACCUUUUGGUUGGAUAUCAGGCAGAUCAUUUACGACUGCUAUCUAGAAUCUAUUGACAGUGGAUGCCUGUCGCCUUCGCAGAGAAUAGGUAUUCUUACUCUUAUUCCCAAGCCUAAAAGCCCAGUGGAACUUAACUACAUAAAAAAUUGGAGACCUAUUACUCUGCUUAACAUUGACUAUAAAAUCUUCACACAUAUAGCUAAGAAUAGGAUUAUGAAAGCUAUCCCCAGCAUAAUCAGCAAAACCCAGUCAGGCUUUCAAGCAGGCAGGAGUACAGCAGAUAAUCUUAUUCUCAUGUCAAUGGUUCUGGAAUCAUUUAACAACGACUCGGAACAAGAGGGUCUCCUUUUACAGAUUGACUUUGAAAAAUGUUUUGACUCGAUCAACCCUAAUAUCAGGGGUAUUAACAUAUCUGGUGUGGAAAUUCUACAGAGUCUCUUUGCAGACGACACUGAUCUGUUUCUGAAAGCUUCAAUAGAGAGUGUAGAGGCAGUUAUGGUAGAACUCAGAACGUGGAACAAGAGGGAUCUGACGCAGAUGAAUGAAGAAGAUCUUGAGUCCCAACAAGAUGAAAUAUUGGCACUUCAGAGCAUAUAUGAUAGUAAAGAAUUCAGAACAAACAAUGAAAAUCAGGGUAUUUUCAAUGCCAAUGUUCAACCAGCUCUUGAUUCAGUGGAACUGAUAAUUCAAGAUGACUCUCACAUACCCAAUUGUCUUACGCAUCUUUGUACGAAAGCAGACAAUACAAUUGUCUAUAAUGUCAAGCAUCUUCCUCCUAUUGUAUUGAAAUUUGAGUAUCCUCCGGGUUAUCCAUCUUCAGCAUUUCCAAAGCUAUCUCUUUCUUGUAUCUGGUUGCCCGAUAAUAUGUUGCAACAAGUCAAAGAACACCUAAUAUCCGAUUGGGAGGAUACUAAAGAUGUUAUUUUGUUUUCUUGGACUUCAUUUCUUGUGAAUGACAUUUGGGACUAUCUUCAACUUCCCAACAAAUUAGUUUGUCCUGAAUUUAUUUCAGAAGAUAUAAUUGGGCAAUUAUGCGUAUUUGACUAUGAAAAGAGAUUGUCAGUGUUCAGCCAGUCUCCUCAUAAAUGUAAUGUAUGUUUUGAUGAAUACAAAGGAUCUCUUUGUAUGCAAUUUUUACCUUGUGAUCACGUCUUCUGCAAAGUAUGCAUGAAAAGCUAUUUUGAGGUAUUGAUCAACUCUGGAGAUGUAAACCAGUUGCUUUGCCCUAAUGACAAAUGUGAUUCUUUAGCGCUUCCUACUCAAGUUAAGGAACUUGUUGAAAGUGACUUGUACGAGAAAUAUGAACGAUUUUUAUUGCAGAGGACUCUUGACCAAAUGUCAGAUGUUGUAAGAUGUCCCAGGAAGUUUUGUCAAAAUUCUGUCUUGAAAGAUGUUGACUCGAAUAUGGCUCAGUGUAACAGUUGUAAUUUCAUCUUUUGUGUGUUGUGUGAUAAAACAUGGCAUGGAGAACAUACCCCGUGUGAAAUUCGUAGCUCAAAAUACAUUGAAAUGUAUGAUAAAUGGAAGGCAGCCAAUGAGGCUGGGCAGGAAGCAAUGUAUAAAAUGUACGGAAGAGCGAAUGUUUUAAGGAUUGUUGCAGACAUAGAUUCAGCCGAUUGGCUGAAAACCAACACAAAACCAUGUCCUUCUUGUAAUACUCCAUUACUCUUAGGGAUGGGCUGUAAUAAGAUAAAGUGCUCUGUGUGCAGCAACUAUAUGUGCUGGCUCUGUGGACUGAGAAUUCAACCUAAUGAUCCCUAUUCUCAUUUUCGACCUGGUGGACCUUGUGAAAACAGAUUGUUUGAGAAUACAGACACUGGAGUCGAGGAUGACUGGAUUUUCAACGAUGAUAAUAUUGAUAAUGGUGUGCAAUUUCUUGAAAAUGGAGAUGAUGACUGGAUUGAAAUUGUUUUUCAGGACUGAUCUUAUUUCUCACCUCAGACAUCAGGGAAAUUUAAAUAAGUCUUGCAACCUUAGAUUAAAGAAUGCAUUGCAAUAUUCAAUAAUUUCUCCAA